GGUCAAUGUUCAUACCUCUUUUAGUAGAAACUUUUCUCUAAAAGAAACAAAGUGGGAUAUGGCUGUGAGGAGCAGAUUCCAAUUCGUCAUUCAGCCGAUUGCAAGUACCAAUUCAGCAUAAAUGUUACUAGACUCGAAGAGAAAAUCCCUUCGAGUCCAACGCUACUUGCAAUUUUCUGAGAAACGAAGGGCAUUAUGGAAGGUAUGAUGGUGAGUAGUUCAUAGAAAAAGAUUCUCUCUGCGUUCUUUGCCUACAGCCUACCAGAGUUUCGGAUAGAACAAAUGGAGUUAGCCGUUAAGAUUUUCUCCAUGGGUUUAAAUCCUAAGACAAUAGGUUACAAGAAAACAGUUGAUAUCUACAUUCCAGAAAUUUCCCCCCAAAGAACAUAUUGCUCCCUUUGGAUGAGAACUAGUAAACGAGAAUCUUUUGCAAGAUAUUUACUUCCAUUUUACAGGACAAGUCACAGAUCUUUUCCCACUGCUUGUGUUGUAUCUCCAGAUUUAGAAGAUGCUGGCAUUUCUACUUCUCUGUUUGAUGAUUUUUCAAUCUCUGCUACUAAUACCAAUGCUAGAGAGAUUAAGAUGAGAAUAGAUGUAUCUGGAGCCAAAACACAAGCUAUUUUUGAUGAUGUUUUCUCCAAGAUGGUUGCUGCUGCACAGCCUAUUCCAGGAUUCCGGAGAGUCAAAGGAGGAAAAACUCCCGAUAUUCCUAAAGACAUACUCUUGCAUGUCCUUGGACCAUCAAAAGUUUACAUGCAAGUAAUUAAAAAGAUAAUCAACUCUGCUAUUUCUGAUUAUGUAGAAAAGGAAGGCUUGAAAGUCGGUAAGGAUCUAAGAGUUGAUCAGAGUUUUGAAGAGCUUGAAGCAUCAUUUGAACCUGGCGAAGAAUUUGGCUUUGAUGCAACAAUUCAGCUUCAGAAGCAAAAUUAGCAGUGUUAACUUUUUACGGUUUGUUACAUACGUAGAAUACAUGACACUAUUUAAUAAUCAUUAGUUAACGGAAAAUUGAUUUUUUGAGGUAAAUUUACAGGUGCAAAUUUUGGUUUUUUUUA